AUGGACGCAGUCCUCGACCCGUUCGACGAGCUGGCCGAGUUGGACGCCCACAUCGAUUUCGCAGCCACAGCUCAGUAUGCUACCGCCCCGCCCGAGACGCUGUCCUCGGUUGGGGGCGAUGAGGCGGCACAGUCCGUCGACGCAGUGUCAUGGGACCCAGGGCAGCCGCAGCGUGCCGCGCGAGCCGACCCUGAUGCCGCUCCGCCCGAGACGUUGUCCUCGGUAGGGAGCGAUGAGACGGCCCAAGCUGUCGUCAAGCAUCUGGUUCAGGAACCAGGGGAGCCGUUGCCAACGGCACACCCUGAUGCCGCCCCGCCCAAGACGCAGUCCUUGGUAGGGGGCGAUGGGAUCGCGAAAGCUAUCGACUCGACCUCUGUGAAAGGCCCAUGGAAGCCCAGCAGCCCGAGACCCGACCCCAUACCCGUCUACCAAGACGAUGGCCCUACGAGUCCCACGCCGUCAGAUCACUCCCUGUUCUUCUCCAAUAUUACUCAGUGGGGGCCACAGUCGGAGAAAUGGCUGGCAGGACCAGGCAAACAAUAUCAGAUGGUGGCAUUGGUUGAAACACACAUCUCGCACGGUAAAGCCCCUCUCAUCUACGACAAGCUAGCAGCGGAUGGUUGGAGGGUAUCAUCGACUACAGCCACGCCGACCAGCAGAUCCGACGGAGGCAACACGGGUGGCGAGAUUAUCCUCUCCAGGUACCAUGUCCAGGCCACAACCUUCAACCACCUCCGCGACCUGGCCAUCUCCCAGCGCAGGCCCGACCCGUUCCGAGGCUUCACGCCCAUGGUGUGGCACAGACGCUCUGGCAACCUGGUUGUUAUUGCAGCGUAUCUGGAACCCCACAGGCAGAUCGAGGGUGCAGUGCACGAUAAGCUACUCUCGCUGGGGGCCUUCGUAACUAUGCUCACUGACCCGUGGAUCAUCCUGGCCGAUUGGAAUAUGACUCCUGAGCAGCUCGCGGCGACAGAGUGGCCCGCCAAAUGGAAUGCUACCGUCGUGCGAGCGCCUGGAUCUGCCACGUGCGACAAGGGCCAGGGACUCACGCUCGACUUCGCAUUGGUCAAGACUGGCAUCGAGCACACGAUCUCCAUUCGCCAGUGCCCCACCGUCCCCUGGGCCACCCACGAGCCUAUCCCUUACGCUAUCCCUUCGGACCUCUGGGAGGAGCAAUGGCAGCAAGCAGUACCCACACGUUGUAAGCAGCCCCACGCGCACUUCGUGUACACCCACUGGGUGCACGAAGCCGACGACCUCAACCUCAAGUACGCCAAAUGGGUCACGGCGCUCGAGAACACCAUGAUCAGCCACCACCAGAUCGACCCCAAGGAAGCCGCAGCAUUCACAGGCCGUGCCCAAGGCUACCAAUUGUCCUGGAAGAAGACGGCCGCCGCCCCAGGCCGAGUUCACGUACACGACCCUCAGUCGGAAUGGUGGGCAAUCACGCUCACCCUCAUCAAACGCUACGCUGCGCUUCACGACAAGCCCAAGCACACUGCGCUCAUGCAGCAGCAGGCCUCCAUCAUCCAGCAGCGCGCGGACCACUUCAACACUCACUUCCACGACCUCCAGUUCGAGAAGGACGAGGACACCAUCUUCCGCUGGUUUGCACUCGUCUGGGCCCCGCACUUGGACAACGAGGACACCGACGACUUGGUCACUAUCACUGCUACUUGGGCCUCCAGAGCGCUGGCUGCCGCCCUCGCUAAGUCCAAGAGGGCCUACGGUGCUUGGCUCGCCAAGCAAUGGAAACGCCGCCCUGGAGUACUACACGCCCAUGUCAAGCCAGCGCCCGUGCGUCACAUCGAGGCCUACACGACCAACCUGACCAUCGCCGACCCCACCGUUAUCAUGGACAGCAAGAAGCAACAAUGGCAACAAAUAUGGCAGGCCACCGAGACCCCCGACGACAUCCUACAGGCGCUGUCAAAG